AACAAACUACCGCUUCGUGAAACAUUUAACUGUAUUUAUCAUGGAAAAAAUGUUUAUUCAAAAAUCAAACAAUGUAGACACAACUCGUAAGACAUAUUUAUGACAUCGUAUGAUCCUAGUAAAUACUGAUUGAACUUAUCUAUAGGCAUGUCACCGUUUGUAUUUAUAUUCGUUAUUAAAGGAUAAGUGUAUGAAGAGAAGAAUAGAAUGGCUAGAAGUUUGGUGAUAAGUUCUGAAAAUGAGUGUAGUGAAAAAGAUAGUUUUACUGAAAGGGCGAGAGUGUGGCCACAAGUUUUAGCGUGUGUCAUAGCCAGUUUGGGAGCAUUCACACAAGGUAUUCUCUUUUCAUGGACAUCUCCGUUUAUAGUAAAAAUUGCCCAGGACAAAGUAAACUAUAACAUAUCAGAAGAAGAAGCUGCCCGUUUACCAACCAUUCAACCUCUUACAGUGCUGCUAACCUCCUUAAUAUUCUUUAAAUUACCCGACAUUAUCGGAAGAAAAAAGACCCUGCUUCUUAUCAGCGUACCACACAUACUAUCUUUCAUCACUGCAGCUGUAGCUAGAAACAUUUACGUAUUUUAUUUAUCAAGGGUGUUUUCAGGUCUGGCAAAUGGCUUCUUGUGGACAGCGCUGCCGAUGUAUAUCGGAGAAGUGACGUGUCCGAAAAUACGAGGUCUUUGUGGGACGUUAAUAACUUCCGCUAUUUUUGUAGGGCAAUUAGCUGUGAAUGUGGUCGGUAGCUACUGCGAUGUUGCCACGACUUCCUAUAUUUUUAUACCAGUAUCGAUACUGUUUGUCAUUCUGUUCGCAUUUAUGCCAGAAUCGCCGUAUUAUUAUCUAAUCAAGAAAGACUAUGGAGGUGCUAGAAGAUCUUUAAUAUUUUUAACACGAAAGAGAAAUGUAGUUGAUGACUUGAAUAAUCUGAAGAGUGACGUUGACCGGCAAAUGUCUGAGACAGGAACAUGGAAAGACUUGGUUGCAAUUGAAAGCAACAGGAACGCGUUAUUUUGUGCAGUGUUUCUGAGAAUGUCCCAGUCCUAUAGUGGAAUAUCAGUUUUUAUCCAAUAUACUCAGUAUAUCUUUUUAAAAGCUGGAGGAAACGUAACUCCCCAGACGGCUUCUAUUAUUUACAGUAUUCUUUGUGUUAUUAUUACUUUAUUUGUGACAAUAUUCGUGGUUUCUAAAUUCGGGAGGAAGCCUCUAUACUCAAAUUCUUCAGCCCUAUGUUCCGUAAUACUUGCAGUAAUGGCUGUUUAUUUUUAUUUAGAAGAAUUCGUGCCCACAUUUGAUAUAUCUUCUUUAAGCUGGCUACCAAUCACAUCACUAGUUACCUAUCAGGUUUGUUCCUGUUUCGGUGUGGCUAUAAUACCUAGUGUAAUGCUAGGAGAGCUUUUCUCGGCAAGCAUUAAGUCGAAAGCUGUAGCAACGAUGACUUUCGUCAAUAGUGGCGGGAUAUUUCUAGCAAACGCUACCUUCAACUUUUUAAGUUCGGCAGGGGGCAGCUACGCUCCCUUUCUAUUUUUCUCGAUCUGUACGGGUAUAACCACAGUACUUACACGAUUUGUGGUUCCAGAAACAAAGGAUAAAACUUUAGAAGAAAUUCAAAUGAAUCUCAAAAGAUCAGCUUAGAACACAUUUGUAUAAUAAAGUUUUUAU